CAGAGAUGUGCGGGUAUCAGAAGGGCGGUAUGUCGCAUCUGUGGCUAAGAGAGUACGACGCAAAACCCACCGAACCCGACGACGACGAGAAUGACAUGGAUGCCUUCGAGACAUACGAAGACAGUUGGUCUGCCUCUGGGGUGGGCAUGGCAGCCUCAGGACUCACACCCGAUGCAAUGAUAGAGCAUGAUUGGAUCAACCAGACGCUGCGAGGCAGAAUCGACGAGUAUACCGUAACCAAGCCAAUCAAAGUGGUGUGUGGCACAUGGAAUGUAUGUGAGAAACUGCCGCAGGACGACUUAACGGAUUGGCUCAACACAUACGAGAACAAGGAUGCUGAUAUCUACGCUAUAGGUCUACAAGUAUGA